ACAAUGUACUUCAAAUAGUUCAAACUAUAGCUGCAAAUACAGACAUUGUCAUAACCUUAAAUACAUAUAAGAUUAUGUCAUAUUUAGACAACUCUUUUGUAUGGUAAUUGAUCUAAUGUCCCACUUAAUGCUAGGAGAAGUGGAGCUAAGUAAAUUCUAGUAAGUAAAUGUUUGGCGCUAUGCCCAGAGUUAAUAGGUUCUUAUCAUAUCCAUAUAUUACUGUGAGCAACCAGUACGAGGCUUACUUUGGAGACGGGACCAAACUGACUGUAUUAGAAAAAGGCCGCAAAAAACCACCAACAGAGGUUAAAGUUUUUCCCCCCUCUGAGAAUGAGAAGCCCAGGAACAGUGGAGAGCAUAAAGUUAAAACAUUGGUCUGUGAGGCUAGUGACUUCUACCCCGAUCACGUGACAGUGUCCUGGGAGGUUAACGGAGAGUCCAGAAAAAAAGGGGUCUCUACUGACGACGCUCCCCAGAUAAAGGACUACAAUUACGCCAUUACUAGCCGCCUCCGGGUCGAUGCAAUAGAGUGGAGCAGCUCAAAAAACUGUUUCAAAUGUGUUGUCAAGUACUACGACGGGAAUGGUUACAGCAAUCACACUGAUCAUGUUUGUGGCAUUGACAGAAAUGUACAGGAUGGUGAAGAUGGCCUGACAAGAGAGACAUACCUGAAGGAUUACUCAGAAUGCCAAGCUCUCAUAUGUGGUCUUCAUUGUCAAAGGUGUGGUCUAUGGGCUCUUUGUCGCUUUUCUGGUCUGGAAGAUUCCGCGUUCAAAUGGAAAACAAACCUAAGUCCAGUGGAGAUUGAAGUUAACGUCUAUAGAAGAACCGUCUCGUUAGUGUAACCAGAACUGAUACUUAGUGCUUAGUUUAGCAGAUCAUAUUUUGUAUAAUCCCUAUAUAUUUUUAUCUGGCAUUUCUAAAUCUGUAGUAGCAGUGAGUGCAUUUUAAUCCUUCCCUAACCCACAGUCCAAAGCACUGAUGUGUUAAAAUGUGUAUCUAAAAAUAUACUGAGUUUUAAUAGUUGUGUAUUUGUAAACAGCUGACUAUUCACAUAUCUGCUUAAAGCUUUAUUUGGGAAUAUUAAACUCAAGUGUGAUGUAUGUACAUAAUGGUAUCAUUGCAUAACUUUUUAAUAAACAUAUUUGUCCUUA